UUUCGUUUUACUGCGUUUUAAGACGUUUCUACCGAGUUUUUAGGGUAAGAUGCCUCAAAGUAGGUCUUACUCAAGGUCGAGAAGUCGGAGUCCUGUCAGACGGCGGUCAAGGAGUCCGGUUCACCGCGGUUAUAAAGACUCAAGAAUCAAGCAAGAAGACAACAGGACAGGAAAACACAGCAGAGGGGAUAGCGACAGAAACAGACAUAGGAGCAGAAGUCCCAAACAGAAGUCCAGGAAUGGGGACGUACAUGUACACUCCACAGACAAACACAGAGAAUGGGACAGACAUCAGACAGGGUCUUCACACGACAACUUCCUAAGCAGAGAUGACAACAGGGAUGGCCCGCCACGACACAAACACGCCGGGGCCAGGAACCACGGUCUGGAUGACCAACAGACAGCCUUCAUGGAGAGGAGACGAGAAGAGCGGGAGAGAAUCGGCAUGAUGGGAGCUCCGGAGAUAUGGGGGAGGUCUCCUGACCAUCCAGACCCUGAUUCUGACGUGAACUCUCCACAAGAAGACAGCGAGAACAGCAGCAGCAGUGGGAGUGACUCAGAAGACAAAAAGAAGAAGAGGAAAAAGAAGAGCAAGAAGAGAAAGUCUAAGAAGAGGAAGAAGCGCAGAAGUUCAGACAGUUCUGAUGACUCUGAUGACAGCAGUGAUGACAGCUCAGACUCUGAAGAAGAAAUCAAGAAGAAGAAAUCAAAGAAAAGAAAACACAAGAAGAAAAGCAAAAAGAGCAAGAAAAUAAAGAAGAAGAAGAAACAAGUGAGCAGCAGCAGCAGUGAUUCUGACUCAGACUCUGAGGAGGAGGUCACCUAUGUUGAAAGGAAAAGAACCCUGAGUACUGAGAUGAUCGGUCCUGACCCUCUAACAUCAGGAGGUGCUGGUGGGGGUCUCACUAAUUACGGCCACGCCCUGCUCCCAGGUGAAGGUGCGGCCAUGGCUGCGUUCGUGCAGGAGGGGAAGAGAAUCCCCCGGCGUGGUGAGAUCGGGCUGACCUCGGACGAGAUCCAGACGUUUGAAGAUUCCGGAUACGUCAUGAGUGGCAGCAGGCAUCGGCGUAUGGAGGCCGUACGUCUGCGCAAGGAAAACCAGAUCUACAACGCUGACGAGAAACGGGCUCUCGCAAACUUCAACCAGGAGGAGCGCUCCAAACGGGAAAACAAGAUCAUGGGGAGCUUCCGCGAGCUCAUCUACAACAAGACUAAAAACAAGAAGUGAACUCAUACAUUGUACCCAUUGUUAGAUGUGUAUUGCAAUGGCAACACAGACUACAGUAGUCUUGCAUUUCUCAACAAUCCUCUUGUGAUUGUGACUUUUUAUGAAAUAUUACAACAACAAUAACAGUUACUAUAGUCUGGAUGAAAUUAAGAGGAUAAAAAGUUCAUUGAUUAUUGCGGUGUUUGAAUGUAAAUUUUAUUAUUCCCAAUAAAUUUUACAGCAUAGAGGACAUGGAAAAGACAUUUGGCAAGUGGCACAGGCUUGAGUCAGGUGGGGGGGGGGGGGGCUGUAAAAAAUUGUUGAAUUUGUAACUUCAGAAACAUUGUGUCCUGCAUUUUUAAAAGGCAAAUUUUAGGAAAUAAAGAAAAAAAAGAAUUACCUUUGUUACAAGCCAAUAGAUAUGCCCCCUGUGCUGGUUGAAACACAGUAAGGGAUCCAAAUCACAGCAUAGGAGGCCCUUACACUCAACUGUGUUGGGUAAAACCCAGCUUCUUGUACAGUACAGUAAGGUUGUUUUAUCUUCUGACAGAUUUCUCUAGUUCAGGCAGACAAUAUCAUUGUGAAAAUGCUGUUAUAUGUGGAUUGGGGAGUUUGUCAUUUUAGUAGCAAUCAUAUCACACUUUAUGCUCUACUUCCGUUCCAACUUCAAAUAAACAUGUUCAAAUUUGA